AGAGACUUUUUUUUUGCUGCAAGGGUGGCUGCAGCCUCGCAAAAAUAUCAAAAUCUUCAGGAUUCUGUUAAACUAUGUAUGGUUGUAAAAGUAAAACCGGAGAGGAUUCAUUCCGAUCAGGUUAGAUGAAUUCGGAUAACUAACAUUCGUUUCCACACCAAAAUUUGCAAAGAGCACAAUACGCAUCUUUCUGAACAGCGUCGUGACCACCAUCGAAAAUCAAUGCCAUCAGAAGCUGCUCUCGCACAAUGACAGUCUCGAUGACAGUCGCGACUCCGGGGAAACGAAGCCUCCUGUGCGGAGCAUUUGCAGUGCCGCUUCUGUCGAACUGGACUGCACAAGUGUGCUUCGCAGUGAAGACCCCCCGCGACAUCGUAUCCGGGAGGAAAAAGCAGUUGUGCCAUAUCUGUAAAUCAGAGACGUGCACGCUAAACCACAGGCCGAGCCUUCUCAAUCUGAAUCUUCCAUGGUCUGUGCGCCUCGCUUGUGGGCCAGGCCAUGAGUGGUUAUGUUUUUAAUUUCGUGAAUCAAUGAUUAGCAUUACAGAAGAUGAUGCAGUGGUAGGUUGCUGUUUUUUCUGUGUGAUACAUUUCCGCGGACGGCAACGCGCGGGUUGCGAUCGAACCAGAUGCCGAGCAAGAACCAGAACCCGAAUCGUGGCUCGAGUUCAUUGGGCGGUGGAUCGAGGAAAACUCCCAGCCGAGCAAUCGUCCGGGAUUUCUGGAGCGGCGUCGCCCGCCGCUGAACGAAGACGAGGAGGAAGACGGGGAAUCCGAGGGGGAGGAAGAGGAGUCUGACGGAGAGGGGGAGGUCGACGAGGAUGAUCACCACGUCGGCAAGGCCCACGACGACGAUGACGACGAUGACGACGCGGAGGAGGAGGAUGCUCACCACAAGCAUCCGACGUUUCUCGAGGAUGCGGUACAAGGUGCCGGGAACAACGACGCGGGACACCAGGAGCCGGGGACGGCCUUGGGCAGUGAUCGGAAGCUGCACGGGGCGGACAUCGUUCCGUCGCAGAGUAGUACCUCGGCGGACAUAUGGACUUCGUAGAUGUGACGGCUCUCGACUGGGACCCUUUUCCUCGUCGUGGUCUCGUUUUUUGUGUUGUUUUCGACUGUUCGGGAUCGGGAUUCCCAUCUCUCCCGAUAGCAGGACAGCGAAAUCCGCAGAAACCAUCCGCAGAAACCUUUUGCAUGCACUAAAACAAUAAAGUUGCAGCUCUGUUCUUUCUUGCUGUCGUACAUACGAAUUGAAUUCGUAUAUGCUAUAUGGUGUAGAAGUGAUUGAGUUGUAGUUUAUAAUCAGGUUUGUAUUGCUACAGUUGAUAUUAAUGUCAUGACUGCGCAGUCCAUAUGAAACCGGAGUGACAAGUGGUUCCAGCUCCGUGCGUACCUCGCCGAUGAGUGAAGAAAAACCCCUGCAGCACAGCGAGGGCACCGGCGCCACUGCGACUGAAAAUGGUGGCGCAACCACGACUGGCCUACCCGUAACGGAACUGUCCCCUGGAACCGCCGCGGCAGCUCCUUCCGGUUCCGAUAGUUUCGUGGAGAAGAAGCUGUCAUGCGUAAGCUGCGGGGGGUCGCCGCCAACUGCAGGACCGCCGCUACCGAGUCCUAAACGUCAACUGGAACAACAACAACUACAAGCUCAACAACAACUACAAGCUCAACAACAAGCUGCUGGUCAAGCUCAUCCACUAGCUGCCCAAGCCGGUGCGUAUCAGCAGUCGCAGGGGUAUGGCAUGGAGAAAUGUACCCAUACGGCGGGCAUGGUGUUUGCCUUCUUGUUGCACAAUAAAGCAUGACUUGACAUACCGAGACGAUAACGAAUGGGCAACUGUUUUCAUUGGCUGUCUGGCAACUGUUUUCAACUUUUUUCUUCGUGUUUAAUAUCAGCAGCGUGAGCGGUAUGGGUACAGUUUGACAAUUGAUGAGUAGCUAGUAGCAGCCCCGGCGCAGCAGCAGGUAGUGCAGCCAGCAUUUGCGUCCGCGGAGAGGAGCACGCCGCGGAGUGUGCAGCCACUCUUUCUACAUGUUGACGCAACAUCCGGCACAGUAGACACUGCUGGACGCCUUGUGGAUGAUCAAGGCGUGUCGACCUCCAAGCCGAAAAUGUUACCCGUCACUGUGCGUCUGUGUGAUUAAGGGUAGAGUCAACGCAUUCUUCCAAACAUUCUGAAAAUACACUUUUCUCGUGAGUCUUGCAAUUUGAGUGCGGGAAAGUCCAUCGCGCUGCGAUAGAGGCAAAACCCGUGCUGGCUGUGGCAUCAGAUGGAAAGCGUUGGCACAGGAAGAGGAAAAUGGAGGCUUGUACCUCUAAAGAAACAGCGAAUUAUUACUCGACUCGCCGGGCAAUUCCAUUGCUACGUGGGGAAAUAUAAAUAACCCCCUAGGUGUAGCAAUUUUGCGUGGCCGAUUAUUUCCUCGGCCACGCAAAAUCGCUGGGACGAAUUUACUCGCUUCCGAGCUCCUUGCAACGGUGAAAUUGCUCGGACCCGUUUGAGCAAACUUCCAAAAAAAGUAGCUGGCGCUAACUUCAUAACAACACGAAGAGCAAGCACGAAAAGUAAGUUUGUCCGCAUGGAUUUUUUCGAGGAGUACGUAGCAUCUAGACAGGUCGCGAGCGUUCUAGUCUGGCGGUUUUUUUUGACAGCCAGACAGCAGCAAAACGACCGGCAGUUUUGAAGCGCCCAGAACGAAGGGGCUUUUCGCGCAAAUAGUUUCCGUUUCUAAGCGGCCUGGGCGUUGUCGUCAAACAAGCCAGCCUCGAUUCUAUUGAUUACCGCUUGAAAAAAAUGACGCAGGGCAGCCGGAUAAAGCGGCGCCCUUGUUGGGCGUGCACCGCCUCAGAGUGGGCCAAUGUUGGUCGCCCAAAAAGGACGCCAGGAAGCCGGUCCGGCGAAAAAACCAGCUAGCCAGCAUGGCGAUGGCGCGGGUAGCAUUCUGGUCCAAUUUUUAAGGACAAAAAAAACGCCACCAAAGGUGGCCCGUUGUAAGGCGGGCAGCAGGCCCGACGUUGCGCGCUUGCGAUGACCAAAAGUGCCGAAAGCCAGCCCGCAGUCUAACGGCCGCACCUGGGCCUCCAGUGGGCAGCUCUUGGGGGGCGCCCAGGGCCAGGCGGGGCCAUGCUAUGGAUUUGGAAAAUCCUUUCUUAUGUGAACCUAAAAAGGCCGCGCCUUGACCUUGAGCCAUGAUUUGCAUCAGCCGCCACGCUGUCGGGAAUGAAAGUUGCCAUGUUUUCAUCGAAUGCCUGCGACUGGUCUUCCCAAGACACAAAAACCGCUGCGAUCUCGCUCUCCCCACGGACUGAGGCGGCUGUUCUUGGCAUUUUUUUAUUUUUUACUUUAAUGGUGUUUGUAGCGCUAGCGGCGCAUGCACUCAGAGCAAAUUCUGAGUUUGAUGCUUGUGUUGCAACAAUAGAUUUGCUGCCCCGCACACUCAGAUACGGUCCCCAAAAGCGCGCAUGCCGAAAAGCCGUUAGCUGUCUAUUGACUUUGACAGCGAGGGGAUUGCUUGUCCGCUUUCUUCGCUGAGUGUGAAUGCGUGCAGGUCUCUGCGAUGCGGACUGCCGAAUCUGUGCACCGCAUCGCCCUAGCGUGCAGCUUUCGCAAGAGCUGGGCCAAACAAGUAUUUCCGGAAUGCAGUGGAGAAUGGGUUUAAUUGACUGCUAAUGUGACUACCUUACCGACAGGGGUAAGAUAAGACAUUUUAAAAUUGCCGAGCCUUUCGUCGCCCCAAAACCGGUUGAAAAUCAGAACAUAGCGUGGCUGUGGGGAAACUCGCUGUUCGAGCAUAUCUUAAAACAUCCUCCCAGCGCCGGCCGCUUAGUGAUGACUGGUGCCGGGAGACAGUUCACAGAUAUGAUGUAUUCCGUGAAAACUAAGAUGAAGUUCUGUGACGCAAAUCAAUCGCAACAUUCAGAUGAAAAUUGUUUCGUCAAUGAGGAAAACAGCAAUCCAGAUUUGUGGAAAUACUGAUGACCUGAAGAUCUUGGAAAUGCAUGAUAUCAAUUCAUGGUAAAAAGCAUCUGUUUCAUCUUGGAAGAAAUCAAUGAGCGGCGUUUUUUUGAAAAGAAUGCCACUCGUCCUACUACGAACCGAGCAGGGGCCGCCCUUUUGACAUUUUGAGUAGCUUAUCAUGAGUAUAGGAAGGCAGUACGUACGUAGGAUUCUAGUGCAAACGCGAGCCGCCGGCGGCGGACCUCCAAUGUGAACCCGGCCGGUGUGAAGCCCUUAGACCGACGGCUUCUGACUCCACCCGUGGGCCUGAUGGCACCUACACUCAAAUCCUUUGUGACGUGUCUGUCUGGGCCGGCGCUGGUUUGUGAUAGCCUCCUUCCCUCUUUAAGAAACUACGAGGUUUAUCAAUCUACUGGCAGCGCCAGCUUCGCCUGUAGGAUGGUUUCGAGAAGUUACGAAAUCCAUUUAGCUAGAUCUAGAAGCAAGGAGAGGAAAAAAGAAGCGCCAAAGCUCAAACAGAGAAAAAGGUGGUGGCAGCUAAUGCGCCACAGCAGCUACGUCUAGCCCGGAACUGUAGUGCGCGCCGUCGGCGUUUGAUGUUUGGUUUCGCCCUAGUAUUGUGGCGCGAGUUGGUUUCUCUCUCGCCCGCGUGUUGUGCUGGCUUUUGCAAUAUAUAUUAAGUGCAUCUGCGUGCUGCGUCGGUGUUUGUCUCCUGUGCGAAGCUCGAAUUUGAAACGCAAACCCAAGCUCGAAGCUGAAGCCCACACCUAAGCCCAAAGUGGGAACCCAAAUCCAAAGCAAGGCGAGACGCAAACCUCACCUCGAAGCGGAAAUGCAAAACCAAAGUCAAAGCCGAAACCCAAACACAAGCUCGAUGAAACUCAGAACCGAGUCCACAAUUGAAACAUAAAUCCAAGCUCGAAGCUGAAACUCAAACCCAAACAACCCAAACCCGAAACUCCAAGGCCGAACUCGCUCUCAUUCUUAUUCUUGGGUUUCUAGCACGAUCGUGUGUGCGAAUAUUGUGGGGUGUGCUGCCUGAUGCUCUACAACUUUGGAAAGGAUCAAGAAUGGAUUUGGAUAUUGAAGUCUGAGGACCACCACCAAGAAAAAUAAGAAGUAAAAGACUGAUAUUGUGCUCACAGCAGGACAUGCAUCUCGAAUUUCAACACAAAACUAUCUACAAGUACCUCGAAGCCGGUAACCAGUAUCCGUUUGAUUCUCUGGUCGAUACCAGAGGCGAGGCAACACUACUCUUCACGGUGAAGGGCGACGCGAAUAGUGGUGGUAUAAAAGUCAAUACCGGGGUAGUGAUGUCGGGGGACCCGAUCGAGCACGAGGUUCAUUAUAAUCAUAUUUUAUUAAGUUUGUCUUAUACAACAUACAUAGAAUGAGCUGCAAGUAGAAGUUUUCAAGUUCGGAAGAAGCGCUUUUUCUGAGCGACAAGGCAAGGUUCUUUUUCACAAGACAUACGAAGCCGGUGUGGUGCCUUAUGUCUGUGUGCAGCGAAUCUCCUAGGAGAUUAUAUUGUCCUAAAAGAUAAUGUCUGACUCUGAAGGGUUGCGCAGUGAAAAUUCUUUUGCCGACGUGGCGGAUCUUUGUGUGUGCCGCGCACGCUUCCAGAACCGAGCGGGAACAAUGUCCACAGCCAGUAUGCUCGGUUUUUUCUCGGCACCCCGGGGAGGCUGCCUUUCGUCUUAGUGGAGUACGAAAGGGCAAGGCUACCCGCAAUUUCGCGCGUUUCGGGAGGGCACGACAGGAGGCACGAACACUGCACCGCGACGAUGAGCGAGCCUGGCGACGCGAUUAAUUUCAGGCCCUCCCUUUCUGCCCUCCGGCGCUCGCUGCACCGUGGUCGUCCAGCUAUUGGUUUCCCACACUCGUGCCCACAACUCCGGCGAUAGCUUUUUAUCUAAAAAAGGGCGUCUGGAAUUACCGGACGAUUCCCAGUCGCGGGACCCUAUUCGCGCAUGACUGCCGAAACUAGUAAAGCUGCGCUAAGUGUUCAGCCGUCAAGACCAAAGGGUCCGCGCGUGCACUUACUCCCACAUAGAGAAGAAAGAAGCGGCGGAGCCCCUCCGCCGGGGCGUUCGGAAGGCCUGCGUGACAAGAGUUGACAAAGGGGUGGGAAUCCCGAGAGCCCCUCGCACCGUUUGCGCAAAGGCUGUGCGACGAAAGUUUUCAGAACACUUUCCGGGCCUCUUCAGGAUUUCCUGAAGGGGUCCAAUGAAAGAGUUGCAGAAGGGAGAGGGCCACCAUGAAAAACGGAAAAAAGAUGAAUGCGCAGCUACCGGCGCCUGUAGGAGUAAGCUAGGAGACACGCUCAAGUCGUACCGUGGCGCGUGCAUAGUUUUUUGGUCGCCGGGGAAACCCCCACGACGGCCUUCAGCCUUCUGUUUCUUUCGCUCCAAGAAUCAUCGCAGCCGGUGCCCGCCGGCGAGAUGAACUAGCAGCGACUCCAGCAAAAGACUGCAGCUGAACCGUCGAAACGCAUCCGGGGGCCAGGACUGGACCCCGGGCAAGGCGCUGCCACGAAGGCCAGACCUUUCAUGGCGUAGCCGCGACGGGCAAUCCGCGGAGAGGAUGCAGCCCUAUGAAGCUCGUCAGACAUCCGCAAACGGACUAAGGGCAGAACAGUAACAACUAGGCGGGCGUUUAAUCUAGUGCUCUGUGUUGACAAAGCAAAAUGAAGUGCGAGCGGCCGUGUAAAGGAGCGCCUUCUUCAUGUUCCGCAACAAAGACAUUGGCGGAUGAAUUUUCACAGCGGGCCCCUGCAAGCAAAUUUCCCGGCCCCGUUGUGUUCAGCUCUUUAUGCAGCAGAGCUAGUUUGUUUUCAAGUCGCAUCAUUUUCAUUUUCUAAGGUCAUUGGUAACGUCUUCGCCUUCAGUAACGGGUGGGAGAAUUCGAAAAUGGAGGAAUGGUGGAAUGCACUCUCUGGGAUUGUUUUCCAGGUCAGUGAAGGUAAAGGAAACGGUGGUGGUCGGCGGUGGCAUCAUGCCAAUAUGUGCGAGCAUCGUUGGAAUCACCUGCAGACUCGACAUGACUUCCGAAGGAAGAUUCGGGUAUUUGAAUACAGUUUUUUUUUUUGGUAAAAGUUAGCCGAGUCUCGAAGAAAUUCAUAUUACAGGUUCGUUGGCCCCCCACCGUAUGUUGACACUUGUGUGCCUCAUCGAAUUGCUUUAGAAUCCUGCCUGCAUUAUUUCAUUUCCCCACGACACUGUAUACCAAUACUAAUUUUGCUCGCGCACGUUGUCGGUCACACGCCCUCCCCCCAAAGAGUUUUAAUGCAUCGCCUCACCUGCAGUCAAAGAGAAAGAAGAUUAAUUUUGAAGAAAGAACCGCACAAGCGUAUUACAUUUAAACCGCACAAGGGUACUACUGCCUUUAUGUUUACAAGACUUGGGUCGCACUGAAGGGUAACCCUCUUGCUGACCUAGGCUCGCAUCCCGGGCAGGGUGGAAUGAUAAAACAAGCCCUAAGGGUUUUUUCCAUGCCAACGCGGCAGGUGCAGCGGCCUUCAAAAGCGCCCCCAAGACGCCCCAAGGGCCCGACCAAGGGGGGCUCCUGGACCCCCCCCCUGCCCCGGACAGGUUCCGUUUCUUGGUCCUUUCCAGACUCCGAGAUUUUUUUUUACAAAUAUUGUAGUCUUGAUGCAGGAAAAAGGUAAAGGGCGGCAGACGUGAAAAGAAAUUACGGCAGACCACGCGGGAGAUUUCGAAAGAAGUAAAACAGUGGCCGGAAGGUCAUCCUCAUUUGUGGGUCAUUGGACCUCUGCGCGCCAGAACAACAAGGACGCUGAAAGAAGGCGCAGAAGCCGCUUCUGUCGUGAGUCCUCUCCCAUGGAGGGUCUACCGGUGGCGUAAAGAAAGGGCUGAAGCGCCGUGAUAACGCGACCCGAGCUCUUGCCUGCGGCUCGCUGUGGCGUCCGCGUGCGCACAUCACCCGGAAGCGCUGGCCGUGCGCACGGAGCCGGCCUGAGGCGGGCGAAAAAAAGGAUACUCCGCGACACAACCGGGGUCGUCUUGCUGUGGCAAUUUCGGAAGUCCUGCCGUUUUUUUUAUAGUGUCUGAAGUGAUUGACGAACACGAGGGUUGGCCUUUUAAUCGGCCUGACCAGGCCAAGGUCUUCUCGCGGUUAGAAGAAUAGAUAUCUUGUGCCCGAUGCUGCCUCUAGCAGGAACGUCGUUCAUUUUCUCAUUCUGAUUGGGACGUAGGUGAUUCGUCGUGACAAAUCCCAUACUUGGGUGUUGGAUCCAGCUGGUUCAGGCACCCAUUUUUACAACACCGACGGCAUGUGUGCUCUUGACAACUCUAUGUAGGCCGUGCAACUUCUGUUUUGCAUGCUAUUCAAGGUUGCGAGGAAUCAUAAGGGAAUACUAGUGAUAUUCUUCCCGGUGCCGAGCCUAGUAAAUCUCUGCGUCAGAUGAAGGUGCUCGCGGCCACGGUGUCACACGGUGCUGCUGUGGGACAGCCGCGCUUAGCCGCGGAAAUAUUUCGGAUUUCGUGAAUGUCCUGCCUUGGUGUGUUUCUCGAGACGCACGAAAACCAGACUAGAAUUUCGAUUUUCGCAAAGACAUGCGAGGCGACGUGGACCAAAGCAUUGCAAAACUUGUUUUUUGGCCGGACAGCAAUAACUUACCUUCAGGAAAGUUAGGCAGUUGGAUGGCAGUUUCUGGCUCGCCUUGGCAGCUUAUACAGUGCCGAAGAAGCUUGCUUCACAUUGCUUUUUGGCCGGCUAGUAUAUACAGUAGUUGCUCUCGUCCCCUUCUGAACACCGGGGUUUUUCUAAUAGCCUCGAUGAUAGUACGUGCGUCCGGACUGCUGCUUCGCACGGACGAAGCUUCGAAAGUAACAGCUAGGCAAGCUCUGAGCGCUACUGUACGUAAGUGCGAAUGCCGAUCACAUGGUUGAAAAUAUCGGGCGACGUUCCUUUUCUUUAUUUUCCUCUUCAGGUGUUCCCUGACCUCGGAAAAACCGGAGCCUGGUUGGACCAAAAAAAAGUGAAGCAGAUGGACAUCCAAGAAAUUUGCGAAGCCCAUCAACAGAAACAUCAAAUAAGUCCGCUGGAAGGCUUUGAUGUUCAGGGGCAGCUGCGUCCUACCGAAGCCACAGACCCAGUCGUCGAGGGUUUUCACUCCAAGGGAUAUGGCUGCAUGGUCAGAGCUGAACACUUUUCUUCCGUGGUCCUGGACAAGCUGGGGGACGAAGAAAAAGAAAGAAAAGGGGGCGUUGUUUACAAGACAUGGAAAAAAUUUGAAGCUUGCUUGCUGCGAAUCAGGUAAAUCACAAAUACGAAAUUACCAAUGUUGGUUCCAGUUUGUUUACUAAGGAAGAACAUCAAUUUGUUGUAUUCAUCAACCCGGUUUUACUACAUAUCAUUCAUUCUUAUGUAUAUGUUGACGAAAGGAUUCGACGAGGCUUUUUUUUGCGUUGAUUGCGAGAAACUUCGGUUUUAUAGGACUUGUUUAUUGUGUGCGUAUUUCCAGGCCAUGAAACGGCGUAUUCCAUAACGCAUGAUGUGCCAAAGCAAAAAAGAAAUGACGUGAGCAAUUCUACGUCCUCUCUGAGGUACAUGGAUGGAUUCCAGCGCCAGUUGGAGUUUGGGGAAUCUCUCACACUGCCGGAUGAUCUGUUUUUUGCUGAAGGGUUCGAGUACUACGAAACGGGCUGUCCGUUGAAAUACGGGAUUCACAACUACAACCUAUGGGAAGCGCAGCGGCUUCAGAUUGAGCACGACAAGGCUGUCGCAUGGGCCAGUCAGCAGCAGGCCGCCGAGCAGCUGGAGGGCGCGUUGCAGCACCAGCAGUCGCAGAGCACGUUGCAGCCGUCGGACCUGUCUCAGUCGCAGCAUUCGCAGCCACCGGGCCCGGAGGCGACGCCACUAACUCCCGCAGGCGGUGACGCGGCGCAGACCGCGGCUUCGUUUCUCGAUGACACGGCACACACCGCGAAACAAACCGAUCGGACAGCACCAGAAAGUGCGGAGGCGCAGCCGCCUUUGGUAAAAGAUGGUGUGACGUCUUCCCCCGACGCUUCGGGAUCCGCUAUGUACUGCAAAUGUUGCGCAUUCGGGAAAAGAAGUGCGAGACUGGUGUUGUUCAAUUCAUGUGGCGGAAAUCCCUUGAAUACAUGAGCAAGUCGAGUUUGAAAUGGUCGACUUUUCGUCAAAUUUGCUUGGAUAUGGAUUUGCAUAUUUUUACUAAUAUUGGCAGCUUAGUACUGGUCGUAUUGACGAGUGUUGCGCCUACUGCUGGUACAACGCAUAAGCCACAGGCACAAGAAUCAGAAUGCCGCAUUCCAAGGACUUCUAUUCGUCCCGACGCAGCUGAGAGGUUUGCAAUGCAUAGGAAGGCGUUCCUCAACUACACCGCUGGAAAAUGUCCCCGGCAGGACGCAGAUUGCGGUUGGGAAAACGAACAUGGCCGAGGAGGAGGAAGCGGCCGACUCCAUGUUGUCUCUGCAAGGUGCCGCGGCGGGCGGAAACGGUUGUGGCGAGCCGGGUAUCAAUGUGAAGAACAUAUUGUUCUCUACCUUCAUCCUCCAGAGUUUGCUUUCUAUCUCGUCCAGUAGAAACUACCAUGCUACUAGUGCAGGUAAGAAAUGCCCACUGUUUUGUUGACUGAAAUUCUUGCGUUUGGAUCUUUAUCCUACUGCUACCCGCAUCAAUGGGAGCAAUUCCGAACACUAUUUUUUCACCGAGUAUUCAUAUGGACGCACUGCAACAUGGCGGUUUGCAGAUAAUUGUAUUGAGAGAAAAGAGAAGCAUCCUCCCUAGAAGCCGUCGACGGAAUUGCUUCACAUUCUGGUGUGUUACAUAGAUAAGCAAACAUAGUGUUUGCUGGAGAUGAUAGAGAACGUAUGAUGUUCCCGACUUGAUAUUGGGAAGUGAGAGUUUUCUGGAAUGCGUCGGGACGCCCUGCAUGGGAGGAGGCGGCUUGGGGUGCGGUUCUUAUCCCGCGGACCUGACAGGAUCGUGUGCCGGUGGCUCGUGCGGGGCACCACCCACUGCUACCAUGAUUGCGGAACAAGUAUCAAAUGCAAGAGUGUCUAGGUCUGGAAGACUGCAAGUUUUUCAUGCUUGUGGUCUGGUAUGAGUCUUAAAUUUGUGAUGCAUAGCAUGAGCAGGAAAAGAGCCUCUUGUCUGUGAUGCAAAAACGCAGUUUGCCAUGCGGAAAACUAAAGACAUAGCAGCUCAAAAACUAGUCAUGCCUGGCUGCGUAUAAUCGCGGCGCGCCCACCAUUCACAGAAUUGCGUUACAAGUCUCCGGACCCAGACAUAUUUGCAAUGCAUAACAAGGGGCAGCGAAGCAACUGAUGAACGUCGGACUGGCCGGUGGUGCAAUGGCAGCCGAAAAUAAAUUGCAACAGAAAACUCCGGGCUUUGCAACCUUGACAAAAGAAAUGGAGAAUAACCGUUUGGGGCAGCAGCAGCAGCCGCAGCUUAACCAGCAGCAGCAGCAGCAGCAGCAGCAGCAGCAGCAGCAGCAGCCGCAAGCACCAGCACAGGGCGCAAGCAGCAGCGCCGCUUCGUCGUCCUCCUCCUCAUCUUCUUCGUCUUCUUCCUCGUGUAUCCGUUCAAAAAUUCCCUCACCCCAUAUAUCCAAAAAUAUUCCAUUGUGAGCUCUAAUGUACAGUGUCAUCGAGUUUCAAAGUUUUCCGUUCAAAUAUGAUCGCGCUAGACAAAUUUGAAUCACCCCGGCAGUCUGGUACGCAUGACGAGGUUAAAUUCAUCGGUUCUGCGCAGGACAGCCUACUUUUGAAUUCGAUGUGGGGGUGUUUUUGCACAGGACAUCAUCGUCCUCGUCGUCAUUCGCGGGUAUUUAUCAAAUGAAAAGCGAGCGGGCUCCAGAAUUGAGAUCUAGAAUUAUCGCAAGCUUUCCACCAAAAGGGACGCAAGAAACGGGACGAUCUUUGUAUGAGAAUCUGAACCAGGAUCAGGAACUUAGCCUUGCCUAUGCCAGGGGUAUAGCGCAAAAUUUACAGCGCUUUGUUUUGUUUACUAUGACAAAUAGAACACCUGCGCAUUUGAUAUCACACUCACAUAUAUAUCUUCUGCAGUUUCGCUCGGCUCCGGUAACCGCACGAGUCUCCGCUAUUCUGCAUUGAAAUUUUGCAUUGCUGACUACAGCAGCACAUAGGCGGUGAAUGAAUGUAUUGUUCGCAGUUUGUUGACUUACUUUAACUUUCUUCUGUGGUCCGGGCCCUUUUCAAGAUGAUAGUGCUCAGCCAGGAGCGCCGGCUGUUUCGGUGCCCACAGGGGUCACCGAGAGUGCAACUGGCACUAACGCAGCUGCCGACGCAAGUGGAACCGCAGCAGGUGCCGGUGGGAAUGUGGAGGAGCGCAGCCUGGGAAUCCAUCACUCCCACCGGGGCACGGAAAAAAGCAAGGAGUCUGCAUCCGCCACUUUCGUGCAGCACACGCAGACUGGGGACUCCACGCAGGGAUCGCUGCAGAACAAUGACGCUGCUUCUCCGACGUCGCAAGGAAGAACCGGGAAGACGCCGACCGGCGAAGCGUGCGAGUGUCCCGAUGAACCUGUGGCUUGCGAAGACGGUGCCGCGACGGGAGCGAAAUCCGUGCUGGAAGUGAAAAAGACCAAGAGCUUGGGGAUAUCGCAACGCAAACGUCCCCAAAAAAUCCCGCACCCAAAAGCAAUGCCUAUUUUAGGCGGGAUUUCGAUUUUCACGUACUUUGCAUGCCGGGACUUCCUACACUUGCCCAUCGACUUGAUACGCAGAGAAAGCGAAACAGCCAUGCUUGAUUUGUAUAUAUGCGAAUCGCGUUAAGCGCAAAAUUUGCGAGGCGCAGGUGGCUAAUAAAGAUGUAAAUUGAGACUCUCUUGAGCCACCUCGAAAUAAGCUUUCAGAUUGAGAUUCUUCUAUACAUGCCACACUUGUUGUAACCAAGAGAUCAUCAGUGGCAUAGGAUAGACGAGCUGCUUUGGGGUAGUGAAUGGAGGGGUGGUUCGUCGUCUCGAUACAGGACUGCAACAGGAUCUUGCGAGUGCUUUGGUGGUUGCAACCCCCUAACCAAUGCAAGUAUGUAUAUUCGGGUCAUUGAAAGUGCUGAUUGCGCUGUAGGGGAUCAUAGUGUACUAGAGAGCCUUAAACUUUGUUUGCUGCAGGCCGAGGGCGCACUGGCAUCGCGACGUCUCUUGAUUGCCUAGUCUGCGUUACUCCGGUCUUCUUUCAACUGCAUGGAAAGAAGACGACACUGGCGUAAUCACUCUGACUUCUGUAUCGUUUACAUGGAGCUUGAUAGGUCACUUUACACACUCAUCUCUGACCCUAAUAUCCUUGCAAUGCAUACACUCCCCCACAGGCUAUCAUAUUGAAAGGGUCCCUGCUCCAGGAACACGAACAGUUGCUGUGUGUAGUUCUCACCGUACUAAGAGCAUAUCUAUGAGCAGUUUAAAGUCCGGAGCUGUGUUCGGCAGUCGUAUCUCGCUCCCCACCUUUCCUUUGCUCAAAAGUGUGUCAUGAGAAACUAAUUUUUCGUGAUUCUGGACCCAGGGCACAUUUGACUUCGAUAAGAGCCAACUCGAUGCAAGGCUUGGCGACGAUGGGAGCGGUGGCUAUCCGGUGUGAAAACCUUGCCGCUCUGCAAACGAGAUGUAUUUAUGUUCCCCAACACGUCAAGCUUGUGCAUUCAUCGGCGCCGACGAUGUCUUCAAUGCCGAUGCCAUAAGUAUCUCUCUGACAAGGACAAGGUUGACAUCUCCGGCGUCUGCGUACUGCACGCUGGGAUUUUAGUGCGCAAAAGUGCGAGUACAUGUCACACUCCCUCGCAGUAAGAUGACAGAUAGACUUAGAUAAGAGGCCGAGGCGCUCGUCUGCUGGCUCUGGCAAUGCAUUAUCGCCUUUUUUGAACCCAAAUAAACGAGAAACGCUGAAAGCUUGUAGUUAUGAAGAAGUGAGGCGGUUUUUACACUGGAUGAUGGGUGGUGCUAUGUUGGCAGGAAGCGCGGCGGCGAAUAAAAUGAAAAAAAAAGGUGCAGCUGGGCAAACGCAAGCGAUGACGCCUGGUACGUCGGUAACAGCUGCUGUUCCGCAACAAGUAGUCACGUUUCAGCCGGCUCAGCAACAAGCGAGCGCCCAGCCUCCAGGUCAAGAAGGAAUCCCAGUCGCCCAGCCCCCAGGCGGAAUCCAACCACAGCAGGCUGCAUCCGCAGCUGCUGCAAGCACCUCGUCCUAAGCCGGUCGUGUUCUGAGACGAUACGUAUCCUUAGCAAAUAAUGCUGAUGGAAAUGAAGAAGUGCAAGUACUAAAAUAGAUAAAACAUGGAUGGACCGAAGACAAGGAAAGAUGACGAUAAAAUGAGAAUCUAACAACUCACUGUCAUGAUCGUUCUUUUUGCUUUUUAGAAAGAACGCACUACCGCUGUGCCAACGUAGAAAAGUAGGUUCAUAUCUGGAGCAAAUGAGCAAAUAGCGGGGAGUUAUGGUCUUUCGUUCUGUUUUUUCCAAUUUAUGUGCGUAUUGUUUCGAGGAUCACCGCUGCAACGGAGAAGCUCCGCACGAUUGCACUGUUUUCGUCACCCACAGAUUCUAUGAUUACAAUUUCCACGACCACAACGGGUCGAACAUUUUUUACGAUUGUACUUGCUACGCUUGUCGCACGUAGUCAAUGCGCACUCACGACGUCACUUGUCACAACAGGAUAAGUCCAACACUUACCCGAGAAAGUACGAUCAGUAACGUAGCGAGCAAGAGCAAAGGAAAAAGCUCAAACUUACGACUGUUAUUUCACAACUAGUUCCGAUUAUUUUUUGGCGUGAAUCACGUGAUUUAAGUUACUUACACAUAGGUACAACACUUUCAGGAUCGUUAUUGUACAACAAAAUUGCGAAUUGAACCGGACAAGUAAACCAUUUUUUAUUGUAUCGCUUCCAUUUUCAAGCAAUCUUACAGCCUUACUUACAGCUUCCUUAUCAUCAUCAAUCAUUUGUUGAUUACAAUUAUUUUCAGAACCAAGCCUAAUCGCCUCUUUUGCGCUUUUGAUUUGACUUUUACCAAUGUAACUUAUAUGUUCACUUUGCAACUAUUAUUAUGUUAUCUAUCAUCGGCACCUGCGAAUCGUUUCGCACCUUGAGGAGAUUCGUUUUGAUCGAAAAAUGCACAUUAUUGCUGGGGAAAAAUUUGUCUUAUGAUUUUAGUUUUCAGCACAACGACUAGUUUUUAGCAUUUCAGCAGCGCGCCGUCGUGUUUUCUCAUGUACAAUAUGCAACGACGAGCGCGGAAUUCGGAGAACAAAAUCAUUUUACGGGAAUGAUAAAUGGAAAGACAAACAGAGCGG